AUUUCGAUAAAAAAUAAUAUUAACACAAAAAUUGAUGACGUCAAACAAUAAUACGCAAAUGGCAUCCCAACAGAGAAGUUCUACAGGAAACUGGGGAAUGGCAAAAAAGAAAGUUCAGGUCUCCUUUGUGAUUCGGGAUGAAACAGAGCGGCAUCACAGGUCCGGGGUUAACGCUCUUCAGUUUGACCCACAACUUAGCAGACUGUACUCCGCAGGGCGAGACUCCAUCAUCCGGAUAUGGAACACAUCAAGAGCAACCAACAAAGAUCCAUAUGUUCUUUCUAUGGAGCAUCACACAGACUGGGUGAAUGAUGUCGUACUGUGCUGUGGAGGUAGAACAUUGAUAUCGGCCUCUUCUGACACCACAGUGAAGGUCUGGAAUGCUCACAAGGGCUUCUGCAUGUCCACCUUGAGGACACACAAGGACUAUGUUAAAGCUCUGGCGUAUGCCCGGGACAAGGAACAAGUGGCCUCCGCAGGAUUGGACAGAUCCAUUUUCCUGUGGGAUGUUAACACUUUGACAGCCCUUACUGCCUCAAAUAACACAGUCACAACGUCCAGCCUAAAUGGAAAUAAGGACUCAAUUUACAGUCUGGCAAUGAACCCUGCGGGCACAGUGAUAGUUUCGGGCUCCACAGAGAAGGUUUUACGGGUGUGGGACCCGCGCUCUUGUGUAAAACUAAUGAAGCUAAAGGGACACACAGACAACGUGAAGUCUUUAGUACUGAAUAGGGAUGGGACGCAGUGUAUUUCUGGCAGUUCAGAUGGCACAAUAAGACUUUGGUCGCUAGGGCAACAGCGCUGCAUAGCAACAUUCCGUGUCCAUGACGACGCUGUCUGGGCACUACAGGCGAAUGACAGUUUCACCAUGGUAUACUCCGGGGGUCGGGACCGGCGGGUAUGGGCUACAGACAUCAGGAACCCAGACUCUCGAUGUUGUAUAUGUGAAGAGAAAGACCAUAUACUCAAGCUUGAGCUUACCCAAAGUGAACCUCAGUCUUUAUGGGUAUCUACCAGUAACUCUAGUAUAAAAAAUUAUAGUUUAAAGGGGGUAAACAAGCAGAUGAAGUCAUCGCUAGAUAAUGUUUCAAUGCCGCCAGUGUGUUUACAACCAGAAUUCACCAUUAAAGGUGGCUCCAGUAUACGGCAGUACUACGUUUUAAAUGAUAAACGACACAUCUUAACUAAAGACACAGAUGAAAAUGUGGCUUUAUGGGACGUUUUAUCUGCACAGAAGGUUGAAGAUUUGGGGAAGAAAGACUUGGAAGAGGAAAUAAAGAACAGGUUUAAGAUGGUCCAUGUGCCCAACUGGUUUUCUGUGGACCUUAAAACUGGGAUGUUAACCAUUCACUUGGAGGAACAAGACUGUUUCUCAGCCUGGGUGUCAGCCAAGGAACUGGGGGUCCAGCUGUCACCAGAAAUACCUGACACUAAAUUAAACCUGGGACAGCAGUUGUUGCAGGCUUUGCUAGACUGUUGGCCUAAGACACACAUAUUUGAAAUGCAAGACUCUAUGAAUGGCAAUGAGAAUGAAGGUCACCCAGGGUCAUAUUUCCAGGUUCCGAUGCACACACCAGUUAUAUUCAGUGAGGUGGGUAGAGGGAAGACUCUGUUCCGGCUGUUGUGUCGAGAUGCUGGCGGUGAGUCAGAACAGAUGCUGCUGAACGAGAAUGUACCACAGUGGGUCGUUGAUGUUCUUGUACAUAAUAAUUCUCCCAAGUCCAACAAGCUGCCGUUUUUCCUUCAACCACACCCAAGCAUGGGGCAGAAAAUGGUCAUGAAGAAGGACAGACUUUCAGCAAGUGAUAUGAUCCAAGUCCGCAAGGUGAUAGAACAUGUAUAUGAGAAGGUCCUGGGCCAGGGGUCAGAUACGGGGUCACAGGGGCCAGGAAAUGGGGCCAGUGGGGACAGACAUGAUGAGGGGGAGGACAUAUCAGCCAUCGCUGAGGAGAAAGUGGAGUUGCUGUGUAAUGAACAGGUGUUGAACCCAAAUAUGGAUCUGAGGACCGUGAAACACUUCAUCUGGAAACAAGGGGGUGACUUGACUUUACACUAUAGGCCGCUCAAGUGAUUCGGGCUGAAGAAUUCACUUGCCUAAUGAGGGUCUUAUUGUACUAAAAUUAAAUCUCUUUGGAAAAAGUGUCGGGAAAGACGGGGUUCUCACUGAAGCUGAAUGUCCCAAAGAUAUGUUUCGAGGCAUGGAGUCUUCUAUGCUGUAUGUAAUCAAAUCAAAUAUUUGAGUCCGAAAGCAAACUUGUUAUGACUACCAAGCUCAAGUUAGAAAGAACUCGAACUGGAAACAUGUGUUAGUUCAGAGACUCGGUAGAACACUGCAGUAUGUGACAGAUAGGAAAACUUUCAGACGUCCACGAUGGUGAGAUUGCUUGCGCAAGCAGAUGGAGUUUCAUGUGGAUUUAUUGUAAAAGGUGAUAAGCUUGGAAUUACUUCAGUUUGCAAGAUAUGGGACUGAUGUAAUCAUUUGUAAGAUUUGAGUACUUGCUAAAAUCGAGAGUGUGUAGUAUUUCCUAUGUUUAAAGAUUAGUGUUUUUAAGCUAUGUUAAUGUUACCAGUGUGUGUAUACAACGUGAUAAACCGUGUCAUGAAUGCAUUGUUUGAAGGCAACAUUUUGCUUUAAUCAAAGAUAAUUUUACUAUUUUGUCACCAUUUUAAAUGAAACAACACAGUCUAUGCCGCAUUCAGAGCCAUGCCUUUGGACUAUUAUCAGAGUUUGAUUGAGAGUUUAGUUUCUUAAAACACUUUGACUAACCUCUUCACAAAACCACAACCUGAUGGAACACUGUCAAAACAUUGUUUUGGAAAAAGGUUUGUCGAAGUGUUUGAUAAAAUCAAUCAAACUCCGGUAAUAAAACGAAGACAGGGUUCUUUAAACUUCCUAGGGUGAAUUUUGUUUUAUAUGGAAUGGUGAAGAAAAAUAAAAAUUAUCUAUUGUUUUAAGUCUUCAUUUGAAGCAAAAUGUUGCCUACCGACAUAGCAUUUAUGACAAAGUAUAUCACAUGUUAUACACACAUUGAUUACUGGUAGCCUUAAAUGCCAGUGGUUUCUUAAAUUUUAAAAUUGUUGUUCCUUUUUCACUUUUGAGGGAUUUGUUUGCAAUAUGACAUAUGAUUCUGUAAAAUUUGAAAUUUUGUUGAACUAUUUAUAUAUAAAGCGCUGAUUAAGUUAUGGUUUGUAGUGCUGUAAGUAACAGUGUUGUUUUUUUUACCAAAUAUUUGGUCCAACUACAAUCCAAAAAUUGUAUGCAUUUUCACAAAAAUUAGACCCAAAAUUGACUAUCCUAAAAUAAGGAUAAAGUUCACUUAUAACAAUAACUGUUGUUGUUUAUAUAUGUUUAAUCUAUCGUUUUUUUUAUUUUCUUCAAACCAAGGAACUUAAAGAGGUCUUUGCAUUGUUUCUGGUUUGAAGUAUACAAUGGUGAAUUCAUGAUCUUAGAAAUUUGGACACUAUUUUCACAAUUCUGAGAGCUCACGGCCAGUACAUAUACACUAAUGCCCUGAAUUGGAGACUCAGAUUCAGAAAUGCUUAAUUAAAUUUUGUUUCUAAAAAUGCUAUUAAAGGAUAAAAAAUGGGGGGGGGGACUACGCAUGUGUUACAAUUUGUUCUAUAAUGAGGCACAAAUCUUUUGCCAAAAUAAGUUAUUUAACAGGUAUUUUGAAAUAUUGAAAAAUUUGGUUUUCUGAGCUUGUGAAUACUUACCGUGGUCUCAUUCAUAAAUAGGUGAAAAUGUCAACCUUUAUCACAUGGAUUCUACCUAUAUAAUAUUACGGGUGUAUUGAGCACUCUUAAAGGGACUAGACACCAGAUGAUACCAUUGCAAGAAAAUUGUCAUAAAUUUACUUAAAAUCGUUGUGUACAGUGCAUUGAAUCUUAAAAACUUAGACUUAAAAAUGUAUAACAUCACUUACGACACAUGUAUCUUUUGCAGUUUUUGCAUAUUUUUCCUAUUCAAAAUUUACUGGGUUUGUCUACCACGUAAAUCCCAGUUAAUUUUUAAAAAUAGUGUCGGUAUAUGUAUCUGUACUAAUCAUGUGACUUUCACACGCUAAAUAUACACACUAUCAACUGGAAUCCAUUAUGCGCUAUUUUUAACGGGUUAACUCAGCUGAGACAGCUACAAAAAAUCCUUUUAUCAUGAAAAAUGAUGUAUUAUUGGCCUCAUACUAACUGGUAUGGACAAUUCUAGGCUUGUUUUAAGGAAAUAAUGUAUUUGCUGAUUUUGGGACCAUCUGGUGUCUAGUAUCUUUAAACAGUGUCGGGUUUAUGACUUAGAUAUCAUACUGAAACAGUUGACUGUGGGGCUGACCAUCUUGUCAUCUAAUCUUUGACAAUAUAUAAGACCAAAUAUUUCAAUUCAAAUUUAAGUAAAUUUCACAGUUUUGAAUUGAAAUUUAUAUAAACUGACAAAUCAAGUCAUAAGUUUCCAAAAAGAUAAUAUAUAUACUCAGAAAUAUUUAUUCAAAGAAAUGAUAAGGCAUAUGCACCCAAAAGAUGGUUCCAUUGUGUUUAUUUGAUGCAAAAAUGUGAUAUUUUGAAUGUGUAGAUAUGUUCAAUUCUGGACCGUCUGUCAGAACAUUAUUGAGCCCAUAGUGUUUUAUAAAAUUUGUAGAAGUAGAAAUUGCAUUUAUAUCAAAGAUAUUGUUUUUAAUACAUUAAAUCUUUGGGGUAACGUUAACAAAAAGAACAAAAUAAGUUCAGCCAUAUUUGUGUAUUUAUUUUACUUAUACUCGUAUUUUGUUUAGUUUUAAUACCCUUCAAUAGUCAGAGUGGCUGAUGUACUAAUUGUAUCAAUUUAUUGAUUGUUUACAUGUGUAUACAUGUACAAUUCUAUUAUUAUUCUCGAGUGCAUGGUAUCAUGCAAUUUUUGAUGGAUGUUCUGUACUUCUAGCACUUUGUGAUUUCAAAUACAUGUAUUAUAUAAAUUUGUGCCCCCUUCAAAGAAGUGGGGAGUAUAUUGCUUGCUCAUGUCACUUCUUCAGUAGACCAAACUUUGUCUGAUAGAUUGAGAAAUGCUUGGGCCUAUGGUCCUCAAGUUUGGUAGGGUGGUUGUUCAUGACUAGCAGAUGACCCUCUUUUGAUAUGAAGGUCAGGAGUUCAAAGGUCACUUUGAUCACUAAAAGCUUGUCCGAUUGAUAACUAAAGUAUGUUUGGGCCUAUGGUCCUCAAACUUAGUAUAGAGGUUGGUCAUGGCCUGCAAAUGGUUCUUAUUGUUUUUGAGGUUAGUAGGUUAAAGAUCAUGGAUGCAGUUAUCAUGAACACAAAAAGCUUGUCUACUUGAUACCUAGAGUUUGCUUGGGUUCAAGGUCCUCAAACUUUGUUGUGUCUGUCAUGACCAGCAAAUGACCACUUUAAAGUUUGUUGUCAGUUGGUCAAAGGUCAUGGUCGCUGUGACAUCGAACAGAAGAAAAACGUGUUCCAAUGUUUCAUCAAGUAUGCUUGGGCCGAAGGUCCUCAAAUUUGAUAGGAAGAUUGGUCAUGACCAGCAUAUGAUCCAUUAAUACAAUUAUUUUAUAACUAAAUUGUUUUGCUUGAAAGUUACAAGAAUUUGACCAUUUUCAUACUUUUAUAAACAUGUUGUUUAUCAUUUUAAUUCUCCUUUAAGCUGUUACUUGUAUAUCUGUAUGACAUGCAUUGGCAAAUAUUCUUAACUGUGUACCAUCCAUUUAAUUUAUUCCCUGCUAUCAGGAGGACGCAUUACUAAGAACUACAUGUACAACGCGACAACUCCUAUAACAACAUUUAGAACUGGUUAAUAACUUGAAAUUCUAUCUAGAAAAUUGGCAAGGAUAAUGGUGAUAACAGUUUAAUUACCACACAGACCUUUAAUGCGAAAUGACUAAUUGUCUGCCAUUAGGAGGAUUAACAUUUCCUACAAACAUCUCUUGUUGUAUAUUGUUUUAUUCACUCAAUUACAUUAAACUUGUUGUAUUUUUAUGAAGAAGAAAUAAAUAACCAUUUAAAUACA